AUGUACAACCUCACCAUCACCACCUCAACCCCCUCCCUCCGCCCCCAAAACAACGAAAAAAAAACCACCCACAAACGAACCAAAGAUGGGACGGGAGACAGCCGAGAGACCUGGCUCCGCCGGCUGCAUCUUACCCUCGACCAGCCAACGAAACCCGGGCCAGAAACUGAUCGGAUAUUUGCUCGGCUUCUUGGGCCGUCUAUUACUCCUCCUUCUUCCUCUUCUUCUCUAACAACAACAAUACCUCCAAAGGAAAUCGAGCUUCAACUUUCGAAUGUUCCAAUCGGCUUGAGUGUGGUCGUCUUCGGAGCGGUUUGUCUGACGAAAAUCUUGCUCGAUAUUUCGAUUUCUAAUCACCCGAAGAUCCACGAAGAAGCGUACCAAGAACUACUUUCAGAUAUUCGAAUGGCUAAAGAAGAUCUCAGAAGCAAAGGAAUCUCUGUCGAUUGA